GCUGACAUGUAACAAAGCUUCAAGGUGGGGCGGCAACAUCAGCAACUUGUAGCUUCAAGUAACAUCCAUCGACAUCUAAGUGGUUUUCAGCCUGCAACGGCACGCGUUAUCUCUACCGACGGUCGAGGCUGGAUCUUACAAUCACACGGCUAUUAUCUCCUCUGACGCACGGCAGGUCGCAGGCCUCAGGCCUCCUAGCGAGGCGAACCUGCGAUAUCCAACCGUCGCAAACCACUUGAUGCUGUCACUGCUCACUCCCGCGUCCCUCACUCACCCACUCACUCGCUCCCGCACCCGGGAAACCUCCCCGGCCCAAGAAACAUGACCGACUCGGCCCGCUGGAAAGCGACCGUCUACGUGGGCGGGCUCGCGCCGCAGGUGACCGUGACGACGCUGCAAGAGGCGUUCCUGCCGUUCGGCGAGAUCGCCGACGUGUCGCUGCCGCGCAACGAGAACCCGCACACGGCGGCGGCGGAGCCGCACCGCGGGUUCGCCUACGUCGAGUUCGAGGACCCCGAGGACGCGCGCGAGGCCGUCGACAACAUGGACCAGGCCGAGCUGUUCGGCCGCGUCAUCAAGGUGUCGGCGGCCAAGGCGCCCAAGAGCACCGCCGGCGCCGGACUCGGCGCGAAGACGGCCGUUUGGGAGCAGGAAGGGUGGCUUGCUGAGCAUGCGGUCAGUGAGGAGGACAGGUUGGCCGCCGAGCAGGCGCAGAACGCAAGGCCGGAGGACCCAAUGCAGGGGCUUGAGGGGCUGGAUGUUGCGGGGCCUAAACCGGAGUGAAAACGUCAGUUGGAAUUAUUCUCAAGGGAGAAAAGUUGUUCUGGGUCGCCAUCUCGCUACGGCAUACAGCAUGCUGCGGGCCUGAAAAGGGUGGUUGAGUUGAUACCAGGGAAAUGCAUAGCUACGGCGUUGGGGCAGCUUCUGGCACAGUUUUUUUCUAAAUUAGCAAGGAAAUGCACGUU